AUGCCGCCAUCCCGAGAGUUGGACCGGUUGGCCGGCACGACUACCGAACGAGAUCGAAUCCCGUUGUUCGAUUGCAGGAAGAUUUGCCCAACUGAUUCCAGCACGGAGACUAUCCUUGCUGAGGAAGAGUUCUUCACCGAUGCGUUCUUCAAACAUCGGUGGUACAAUGGUAGCCGUGUUCGGGACGUCAAAGCUUUGGUGCAGGGAUGGAAUGCCCUCAUCCACAACAUCGAGUGCAUGGGCCGUGAGGCCUGGAUCGCCAAACUUGAUGCAGCUCGCAUCAGGUUUGAGAAACACAAUUCAGUCGGGGCGCGAUACAAGUUGCACCGGCUUUCAAGAUAG